AUGGAGGACGAUUCAUUGAACUUUGGCGCCGAGGCCGGUGCUGCCACUCCUGGUAGCAAUUCCAUCCUUGCGCAACCACCGCUACAGGGAGAGACUGCCUCGCCUUCAGGCCAAGAUGGUACCAGUAGCUCUGGCCUGGCCGGGCAAGAAACUGAAGCCGCCGAUGUCACUAUGGCAGAAGGAGACGCUGAAUCCGCAGCUGCGCCUGCCGUCAAGAACGACCCAGCAGACUCGACCCCCGCUGUUGUCUCUGACAAUCCCCUCGACGCCCCAAGUGCACCUCAUGGAGGAGAUGCCCCAAAAGAUGAAGAGAUGACUGAAGCGAAGGACAGUCAGGAGCCGGGCGCCGAUGGGACAGCUGCCACAGCUGAAGAACAGGUAGAGAAGACGAAAGCUUCUAUCGAAUCCUCCGCCCGGGAGCACCUCAUCUCACAAACGCACUCUAUUAUUCUUCCAAGUUACAGCACUUGGUUCGAUAUGCACAAGAUCCAUAAUAUUGAGCGGAAGGCACUACCUGAAUUCUUCAAUAAUAGAAACCGAAGCAAGACUCCCGCAGUUUACAAAGAUUACCGCGACUUCAUGAUCAAUACAUACCGCCUUAAUCCGAUUGAAUAUCUUACGGUAACAGCUUGUCGGAGAAACCUUGCGGGUGACGUUUGCGCGAUUAUGCGGGUGCAUGCUUUCCUGGAACAAUGGGGCUUGAUCAACUAUCAGGUUGAUGCCGAUCAAAGACCUUCAAACGUGGGCCCGCCCUUCACCGGUCACUUCAAGGUCAUAUGUGAUACUCCUCGUGGCCUUCAGCCCUGGCAACCCGCGUCCGAUCCUGUUGUCAUUGAGGGGAAGAAGAAUGCAGAAACUGAUAAAAAGGCUACCGCUGCUUCAGCACCAAAAUCAGACUUGAACCUCGAAAUCGGACGGAAUAUCUAUGAGCCUACUGCGAGAGAAGCCAAACUCAACGCCAAGCCAACAGAGAAGCAACCCAAUGGCGAUGCUCCCACUACCAAUGGAACAUCUGAAGGGACCCCGAAGGCUAUCGAGGAUAUCGUCAAACCUCCCAUCUCAAAAAUCAACUGCUUUUCCUGCGGUAUCGACUGCACCCGUGUUCAUUAUCACAACUCGCAUGCUGAUUCCGCAACAACUACUGGCAACAAAAUCAAAUAUGAUCUCUGCCCCAACUGCUUCGCAGAAGGACGAAUGCCACAAAAUCAUCAGCAAAUUUAUUAUGUCAAGAUCGAAAACCCGACAUACUCAGCUAUUCCUGAUAGAGAUGCGCCUUGGGAUGACGGGGAGGUACUUCGACUUCUUGAAGCCUUGGAGCGAUACGAUGAGAAUUGGGAAGAAGUUGCAGAGUAUGUUGGUACACGAACCAAGGAGGAGUGUGUUGUGAAGUUCCUGCAGUUUGAGAUUGAGGACAAGUAUCUCGAUGCCGAACCUGUUAACCGGUCGACUGGAAUCAGUAUGCUGGGUUCGCAACAGGGCCAUCUUCCCUUUAGCCAAGCAGAUAAUCCCGUCAUGUCCGUCAUUGGAUUCCUCGCUGGUCUCACUGAGCCAAGCGUGACCGCGGCUGCUGCGAACAAGACUGUCGACGCUAUGAAACAAAGCUUGCGCGAGCAACUGGAGAAACCUAAAUCGGCGGACAAGGGUAAGGAGAAGGAGGAGAAGCAGGACUCGGACUCUAUGGAAAUCGACGUCAGACGCGAAACCACUACUACUACCACGACGACCACCACCACCCAGACUUUGAGCGGGUUAGCCACUGUUCCGCUUGCUACUGUUGCCGCACGAUCCGGCGGCCUUGCGUCACAUGAGGAAAGAGAAAUGACUCGCCUUGUUUCCGCGGCCGUAAACGCUACCCUGAUGAAGAUGGAAUUGAAGCUCAAGCAGUUCAAUGAAAUGGAGCAGAUUUUGAAUACAGAGCGCCGGGAACUAGAACGUGGUCGGCAACAGCUUUUCCUCGACCGCUUAGCGUUCAAGAAGCGUAUCCGGGAUGUGCAGGAAGGCUUGAAGACUGCUGCUGCAACCGAGGGUGAACAAGGAAUCCAGAUGGCUCAGGACAUCGUGCAAGAAGGGGAGAAAUUGACAUUCCAGGGUGCCACUCCAACAGCUAGCAAUGUCCAACCGCCCAGUGCCGAGGGUCAAAUAAAGAGUUACGAUAUUUGA